AUGUCGGUCACGGAGUUCUUAAAAGAUUUACCAUCUUACGACGAACACAACUUCACUUUAUUUAAUACGGAUUCUGGUAUAAGAAACUGUUCAAAAAGGCCAUCAAUAUACCUGCCCACAAAAGAUAUCCCAUCAGAACAAAUUAUAGUUACGGAAAAAACUAAUAUACUAUUAAGAUACUUACACCAACAGUGGGAGAAAAAGAACAAUAAUUCUCCAAAGAAACGAGAUCAGAGCCACAUAGAACAGAAUGGUGAUGAAAGUCGACCACGCAAGAGGCCUUGUCUAAACUCACCAUUGAAC